CGGGUGGGUGUUCCCAGUCGGGCCCGGUCGGCCGCUUGAGGAGGUUGGGCUCUGGAGUUUCUCGCUGCUGGCAAGUUUAAAGCAAACAAGACCAAACCUAACCUGUUGGUGUGGUGCUAUCUCGGGGAGAGGAAAGCGCCGAGCUUCAGCUUCAGCUUCGCCACCAUGGCGAUGUUAGUGGAGCACCAGUUCAAGCAGCUGCCGGCGGACAAGCAGAUCGACACCAGAGCUUUCCUUGAAAGUGUCUCCUACCUGCCGCCCUUCUUCGAUUGCCUUGGCUCAAAACUGUUUUCACCAAUCAAAGCAGAUGUGAUGGGCAACAUCACAAAAAUUAAGGCGGUAUAUGACACAAACCCCACAAAAUUCAAGACAUUGCAACUCAUUCUUGAUGGAGAAAAGGAGAUGUAUGGCUCAGAGUGGCCAAAGGUCGGAGCUACCUUGGCACUUAUGUGGCUAAAAAGGGGUUUGAAAUUCAUUCAGGUAAUGCUGCAAAGUAUUGCCGAUGGGGAACGUGAUGAAGCAAAUCCAAGUCACAUUCGAGUCAACGCCACAAAAGCAUAUGAACUGACUCUAAAGAGGUACCAUGGCUGGUUUGUACAGAAGAUUUUUAAUGCCGCAGUGUAUGUAGCGCCGUACAAAGCGGAUUUUCUGAAAGCGCUGUCCAAGGGCAGAGACGUUAAAGAAGAAGAAUGUAUAGAAAAAAUCAGAAAGUUUUUAGUCAAUUUCACGGUGACCAUUGAUGCUAUCUAUGAGAUGUACACAAAAUCGAAUGCAGAGUUGGAUUACAAAGUUUAACACAUGCACUGACUAUCUUUCUCCCCUCUUCCCUGUUCCACUCUUCCUCUCGGCAAUGUAAUCACUGAGAUUGAUAACUUAAGUUGCUGUUUGUCGGGUGGUGGUCAUUAACCAGCAGUAAUUAAUGUGGAAGGAACACUAACCGCGUGGAGCUGAUCCAUGUGGAAGUUGCUUUGUGCUCCUGUUGAUUCAUGCUAUAAUGACAUUGAAUUAAAGCUAAUGUGUGGGAAGGAACUGCAGAUGCUGGUUUACACAGGAGAUAGACGCAAAAUGCUGGAGUAACUUGGCAGGACAGACAGAAGAAGGGUCUCGGCACCGAAAGCCACCCAUUCCUUCUCUCCAGCGAUGCUGCCUGUCCUGCUGAUUUACUCUGGCAUUUUGAACCUAUCUUUGAAUUAAAUAAACGUGGAUCAGUUUUGUCCCAUUAGUCCUUUGAGCUAUUUGAUGGAGUAGUGCAGAGUAUAUAAUUUUCUCAAUUUAUACUACUAGUUAAUACAAGCAAAAUGGGGUAUUUAUAGGGUUAGCCCGAUUACAUUUGAUAUUUUACCAUUUAGCACAAGCUUUGCACAUCUACUAGAACAUUUUAGAAAUGGUCAGACGUAAUUUGUCAACCUUUUCAAUCUUGGGUUGAUGGUGUGUUCUUUGUAACCUUCUUUACACACACCCUUUCUACUGCAUGACAUAAUUACAUCUGCAUCCUUGGAUCUGUUUUGAAACCUAUAAUGGAUAAUCUGUAUAUGCUGAAGUUGAAUCUGGAUAAACUCUCAAUUUAAGGGUGAGAUUCUGAAGCGAAUCAACGGGUAUUGUUUUCUCUCCCCCCCCCCCCCCCCCCCCCCCCCCCCCCCCCCCUCUCUCGGGACGACAUCCUCUUGAAUAGGCCUGUGCUGGGCUGACCGUCGCCAUUCUUGGCACUGAUGAAUUCUUGACUUUGAAUUCAGGACAAGUUGGUGAAAUGGUCUAGCUCCGUUCUUGCUAACUGUCCCCGACAUGGACGCAAGAUGCCUGCUGUAGUGAGAGACAGUGGUCUAUCAAACUUGGAACUAAAUUGGCACAGAUGGACCAGGGUCCAUUUAACAAGGGAAAUCUAAAAAAGGGACCGCCUUAUGUAAAAUGCUAACGUUAAUUCUAAGACUGGCUUGAAAUCCUAAUGCAAAGCAUUUCUUUGGCUUUUUGGUUGAGGGAUUAUAUUAUAGACUUUUCUAAUUCUUAUUCGAGAAUUAAUUUUUAUAAUUUAUUGAGCCUAUUUUUGUGAAACACAGCCUAGGUCGCCCAAAAACUACCACUGAUUUGCACUUAAACAUGAAGGGAGGUGAUUGAGAACACCAUAGGAAAAGAUCUUGUUGACUACAGGAUCAGAAAAAUCCUCAUCUGAAGAGAUUAACUUCUUGGGGAACUCAGGAAAACAGACAGACUAAUCCAAAUGUGCUUUUGCUUAAAGAAAAAUAAUGCAUUUCGAAUCUACACAAUUAGCAAAUAACCUGAUGUUUGACUGUGAGCAGUAAUAUUGUGUUGCUCUUCCCCUCUGCAUAGCUCCUUUUUCUCUUGGUAAAACACUUUUUAUAUUUUACUACCAGGUUUUGCACCCUCUGGCAGCUGGUAUUUUUGAAAACUUGAAAUGUGUGAUUCUGCAGUAACCAGGGAAGUCGGGGAAGUUGGCUUGAAAGCAAACGGAAGUAUAUUGUUUGUAGAGGCAUCGCCAGUUCAUUCUUCCACCUGAUAACCUCUGAAUAAGUGCCAGGAACAUGAUCUUUGAAUGAGUUUUCAACUCAUGCCAGCACAGAGCUACAUGUGUGUCCAGUCAUAAAACCUGGACCUUUUCCACAAAAGGUCGUUCCUUGCCCACCUUGGGCAAAAUCAGUUAUUUUGACUUAAUUUUGUUUUCAACCGAGCACACGGCUAGUUGUGAAUCCACAAUCGUGUGGGAGUCAGAACAAAUCAGUUGUAUAUUCAUUCUUUGAUUCCUCGGCAGCACUAAUUUAAUCCCAAAUGCGACUAAUGUUUGGGGGAAUGGCCUACUGUUCUAUUGGAAAGUUAGGAAUUGAUUAUUGGAACUAACUAGAGAGCUUUGUCUGCACUCUAUAAACAGUUGGCGCUAGAAAUUCAAACUCCAGCAAUAAUAUUCCUGAUGAAGCUUUGCAAGAAUAUUUUAGAUCCUAGAAAUAAUAUUGACCCAUGUUGUCAGAUUACAAAAUGUAGUGAUUAAAUUAUGUUUGUUCUGAUUCAGUUUGCACGUCAACCACCUUUUACUUGUAUCAUUUGAUGGAUGAAUAUCGGUGACGGGCGGUAGACGUCUCCGUGGUCCCAUCGCAGCAGAGAUCGACACUUUACAGUGCCCUCUCAAUGCUGCUUGUUGUAAGUUUUGUAAACCUGGGUUGUUCCAAGUCAAGUAGUCACAAUCGGAUACCAUGUUUUAAAUUCUACUGAAACCUGUUAACUAUACUGCAGUUUGGAGAUGAUGUAUUCAAGAAAUGAAGCGCUUUGAUUUUUGGAAGAGAGGAUUUUAUAUAAUUUAAUAAUGCAUCAGGGUUUAAAUGUUCCUGCUUACCAAUACUGGUAAUUGAGACCAAGUCAGUCAAAUAUAUUGGAUGUUUGUUUGUUUAAGGUGCUAUGCUGCAAUCUCCACUGGCCUUUCAUUUAUCUGUAGACUUGUUGGCUUUUGCAAUUCACUUACCUAGUUGUGACCUUUUAUAACGUCUUUGUUUAAUUAAGUUUCCAUCUUUUGAUUCGAAGGAAUAAUGGAAUGAAAUAACAUUCAGACAAACCUCUGAUGCCAUUGGAUCGUUUUUGAACCAUUGCUUUUCUUAACCCAUGGAGCUUAACCCUUUGAAUCCCCAAAAAAUUGCAACCAUUAAUAUUUAACAACUUAUGAAGGUUUUUUUCACUAUUACUACCUCACUUGGGCUUGCUUGAAUGAAAGUAGAGCCUGCAUGGAGGGCAACACUGGUGUAAACUUGUACCUAAAGCUUUUUUUCCCCACUCACUGUCUCUUUUCAAUGUUCAGGAAAUGGGAUUUGUUCAACAGUAAGGGGCUAGGAGCAAAUUUGGGUUUAGAGAUAAUAAUGCAGGACUGGUGAGGCAGUGUUGAUGGUUACACUGUAAAUUAAUAUUAGGUAUUCCAUUAAAUGGAAAGCUGCAAUAUUGUUUUUUGCUGCAUGCAAUGAUUAUUAAAAAAAGAAAAGCAUAAUAUUGAUCAGGAUGCCAGUAGAUUGUGUGUAUAAAGUCCACUGGUGUUUUUUUAUGAACUGUAAAAUAUAAGCAAAAAAAGGGCGGCAUGGUGUCGCAGAGGUGGAGUUACUGCCUUACAAAGCUGACAGAGCUGGAGACCUGGGUUCCAUCCCGACUAUGGGUGCUGUCUAUUUGUACGUUCUCCCUGUGAUUGUGUGGGCUUUCUCCGAGAUCUUUGGUUUCCUCCCACACUCCAAAGAUGUACAGGUUUGUAGGUUAAUUGGCUUGGUGUAAAUGUAAAUUGUCCCUAGUGUGUGUAGGAUAGUGUUGGUGUGCGGGGAUCUGCUGAUCGGCGUGGACUCGGUGGGCCGAAAGGUCUGUUUCCGCGCUGUAUCUCUAAACUAAACUAAAGUAACUGCACGAUCCAUUUGUUGCCAUCUUCCAUGACGUCACCAACCCAUGCAAACUAAUGACCGUAAGCAAUGUUAAAAUGUUACACCUGCACAGAUCUGUACAGUUAAUGAACAACACCAAAUACAAGAUGUGUCAACUUGGCAUCCCAGCUUUUGGACAUGGCAGGUUGAUCAAUAUCUGAAGGAUAGACAAUAAGACGGUUCAUUCAUCAGAAUGAUUGAACUGUCUGCAGGCAUUCUCUUGGUGAAUCAAACUUGAGAUUGACCUUUCAAUGUAACCUGGGGCAAUGCUGAAAGUUAAAGGGAUUCUGAGGCGUUUUGUCCUUGCCGAAAGAGCAAUGGGACGUCGUCUGAAUCCAUUCUUUAGUUUGGGAUGCUUAUGAUGCUGUACUUGCAUAAUAUUUUCUUUGGAACUUUAAGGACCGUGACCUUUUUUCAAUCUAGAAAUCCUUUAUCGCAGGUGUUUCCUCAACCCUCUUGUGCCUUCUGAUGAACUCUUGUCCUAUGCAAGUACUUGGUCCAAAGGGAUUUGGUCCAAGACAAAAUUAAAAAAUAAAUCCAUGGUGGUUAUCUUUUUCGAUAUUUUAAAACCUCCCCAAACCUGCUGGAAUCCUCCCUUUUGAAGUAAUUGCUUUGUAUUAUGUAUUUGGAAUGCCUUUUUGUAAGAGGAUGCAUGUGCUGAAUACGGAGUAAUCUUUGUGUUCUGUCAAUGUUUUGAUGUAUUUCCAGCUUAGUCUGGGAUGUUAAAUGUGGUGUGUUUACAUUGGGGUGUGAUCGUGGACGAUAUCGAGCAUGUGGACCAUUGGGGGAUGGGUAUUGUCUCUGUGUGGUUUGCAGAGUAAAAUAUAUUUUAAUCUCUUCACUUUCUGGAGGUCCACAGAUGUCUCACAAACACAGUCAGCAGAUGAUUUCAAAGCCUUUAAUCUCAUUGAUGUGAUUGUAAUUGUAAACUGCUUGAGGUUGAAAUUCUUCAUGCAAGCCACCUGUAUCAUCCCCCUCCCUUCUCCCACCUUGUCAUAUCUUUUAUAACACAUCCAUAUCUGCCCCUUAUGAAGUAGAAGUGUUGCUUUGUUUUACUCUUGUAAUUACUACUAUUGAAAAGCCAAAGACUAGCAAUAAGAUACCACUGUAUUUGAUCAUGCAUUUUGCAUUGUAAUUGGAACUAAAGCCUUAACUUUUUUAAAUAAAAGGCAAAGUGCUGGAGUAUCUCAGCAGGCCUGACCUUCAUGCUGGUUAACUCUCUUUAUGUGUGUUUGGUUAAAUCCGUUCAUUUUUUUAACUGAAUGCUUGAGUCUCCUUUAUAUUAAAAGAAAAAUCAUUCAAUUGAAGUGUCUUUUUUACAGCUUUCUAUUCCACCUUGUAGGCAAUAUUUAUCAAUUGUCCAACUUGAAUGAAGGAACCUUUUUGGAUGGUCACUGCAAAGUUAUGUUUCUCCACAGUGGGAUCCCAAAGUUGAAUUAUGGUGACUUUGUAAUAUUUCUCUCCAUUUGAUGCCAGGCAAUGUGUUUAAACACAACCUCAGGUUUUUAGUCGCGAUCAGUUGCAUACCCAAAGGGACCCCAGUUUCCUCUAGGAUAGCUGCCAGUCCAUUUAGCUAGGAAGGGAAGUGCAGUCUAACCUGAUCCUGUUCUCGCUAGUCAUUUGCACACAGAAUGUUUCCAGCAGGAUCUGCUUGUGGGAGCCUGGAGCAUCUUUCCCAGCUCCCAGGGAAGGAAGUUCCUGCUGUUGUGGCAGGUGUAACUCUGGUUACACUCCCAAGGAAUAACUCUGGUUCCACUCCCAUCUUAUUCAUUAUUGCUGUAUGUGUAGACAAGUUAGGAAUCGGAACGCGCUGUUUGAAAUGUCUGUUUAUGGUUUGAGAUGCCUUUUUGUUUUAAAUUGGACUAUAAUUAUUCUUUCUGAUGAAAUACUGAUGGAGGGACCUCCUCAGCUUGAAUUCUUAAAUGUAAAAUUGCUAUUUUAAAAAUAACUAUCUCCGGUCAGUUUGGUACAAAUGUUUUAACUGCAAUAAAGCUUUGAAACUAUUUUGUCAC